CUAUAAGCAAGUUUCCUCUUUAUCAAUAAUCAAAGGAAAUGAACGUGAUUACUGGAAAACAACAUCUCUAAAAACUUAAAGUUUGUUAUAAGUUGACAGUGUUAACAUGUCAGCCGGUGGCAUGGUAGUAGAUAGGAUUACUGAUGAAGCUAAAGGCCGGAUAUCAAGAAUUAUCCAACAAAGAAGAUGGUUCCAUCCUAACAUUAGUGGGAUAAAGGCAGAGGAACUAUUGAAGGAGCGAGGUUAUGACGGGAGCUUCCUAGCCAGACACAGUAGUAGUACACCAAAUGAUUUCACACUAUCUGUCAGACGGAACAAUGAAGUAACACACAUAAAGAUCCAGAACAAUGGAGAAUAUUAUGAUUUGUAUGGAGGGGAAAAGUUUGCCACCCUCGCUGAACUUGUGCAAUAUUAUAUGGAAAAUCAAGGUCAACUCAAGGAGAAAAAUGGAGUUGUUAUUGAACUUAAAUAUCCUUUAAAUUCUGAAGAUCCCACAACAGAAAGAUGGUUUCAUGGCCAUUUAUCUGGGAAGGAGGCAGAAAAGGUGCUAAUGGAAAAAGGAAAGAACGGUAGUUACCUGGUUAGAGAGAGUCAGAGCAAACCAGGAGAUUAUGUACUGUCAGUCAGGACGGACGACAAAGCCACACAUGUUAUGAUCUGUUUUCAUGAAUUAGAAGAGAAUUAUGAUGUUGGAGGUGGUGAGAAAUUUAAAAGUUUGUCAGAUUUGAUAGAACAUUAUCGUAAAAAUCCUAUGGUUGAACGAUCGGGGACAGUUGUACAUCUUAAAACACCAUUCAAUGCUACACGAAUAUCAGCAUCAGGCCUGCAGGCUCGGGUCAAACAACUAGACAAUGAUAAGGAAAAGAAACAAGGGAACAAAGGUGGAUUUUGGGAUGAAUUUGAGCAACUACAACAGAUGGAAGUCCGACAUUUAUACAGUCGUAAAGAAGGUCAGAGACCAGAAAACAAACCACGAAACAGAUACAAAAAUAUCUUGCCAUUUGAUCAUACACGCAUUGUAUUACGUGAUGGUGACCCACAAGUGAUAGGUUCAGACUAUAUUAAUGGUAACUUAAUAUCAACGGAAGAUGAUAAUUUAGAUCUGAAGAAAGGUUAUAUUGCUACUCAAGGUGCCUUGCCAAAUACUGUUGUUGAUUUCUGGAGAAUGGUAUGGCAGGAAAAUUGUCGGACUAUUGUCAUGACAACAAAGGAAGUAGAACGUGGAAAGGUGAAAGCUGUGCGGUAUUGGCCUGGGCCUGAUCACCCAGAAAACAAUUUAACACAGUCCUGGGAUGUGUAUGAUGGCAAAAUGACAUUAAAACAUAUAUCACAGAAACAAGAUACAGACUUUAUAUAUCGGGAGUUUGAAUUGUAUCGUGAAGGUCGAGAUGGAAAGCAAUUAGAGAGUACUCCACGUAGUAUAUAUCACUAUCACUUUCUGCCUUGGCCUGAUUAUGGGGUACCAGGUGAUCCAGGAAGUGUACUCAACUUUCUAAACAUAGUCAAUACAAAACAAGAUUCAAUAAAGGAGGCUGGUCCCGUUGUUGUUCAUUGUAGUGCUGGUAUUGGCCGAACUGGAACAUUUAUUGUGAUAGAUAUUAUACUCAAUCAAAUCAAACUGUUUGGAUUGGAGUGUGAAAUAGAUAUACAAAAAACAAUACAAAUGGUCCGAUCUCAGAGAUCUGGUAUGGUACAAACUGAAGCUCAGUAUAAAUUUGUAUAUAUGGCUGUACUUCAUUACUUAGAAACAGAAAAACAGAGGAAACGAGCAGAAGAGCAAAGUGUAGGACGAGAGUACACAAACAUAAAAUACACAGUUGAGUCUGUCGCCAGACCAACAUCAAGGCCCAUCGUACCGCCACAGCCAGCUAAUACAAGGAAGAAAGAAAAGAAAGACUUACCAAAGUUGCCUGAAGAUAACAGACAAAUUUAUCAAAACAUUACUCCUUUAAAGACAAACAAAGCAUGAAAGGUCCCAUUGUAUUAACUUUGCCAAACAGAAGAAGAUAAAACUUCACACAUAUUUAUUAUUAGGGCUCUUUUACUGUUGUCAGUAUUUUUAUUGUAAUUGAUUAUUAUCACUUCAUCAGAACAGCGACCUUGACCUGGUGUCUAAAGGUCAUGUUCAGAUUUGUAUAACAUAAGAAAGCUGCAAAAUCUAAGCAAUUGACUCUAUAUUUAAAAAUCAGAGGCUAUUCAGCCUCAAGA